AUGUUUCAACCCAUACGUACGUAUAACCUAGCUCCCUUUUCGGAGCUGCGAGUAGUGACUGAAAACUUUCACUCGUCGAUUCCUAUCCUUCCUUCCAUAACAGUAACCUAUGAGAAGGGCACUGCCGAAAUAUUCGGGAAGGAAUUGGUGCCAGGAGUCGAGUUGGAGCUGGGAGAAGGCGAAAAGUUGGCGAUAUUUACGUGGGUAGGAUGCUCUAUACAGAUCAAGGGAGUCGUACAGCAAGAAUACGAGGCCCCUGACAACUCGAUGAAGGAAUACUUGAAUGUAACAAGUGCCCUGGACGCAGAGAGAGAGUCAGCAUGUUUGAAGAAUAAGCAAGGACCAAGGGUCCUGGUAACCGGCUCCCCGUCCAGUGGGAAAUCAUCCUUUUGUAUGAUAUUGUGUAACUAUGCAUUCAGAAGCGGCUGGACGCCAGUUUUCGUGGAGGCAGACCCUAGAGGUUCAACGGAUAAGAGGCCAAUUAGAUUUCACCCAGGGACAGUAGGAGCGACCGUCAUAACGGACAUGGACGACGUAAUGCCAAAAAAUCCACUAGUGUACUUUUACGGCUAUUCGUACUCUAACGAUAACGAGUGCCUAUACAACCACGUGAGUUGGAAUAUGGAUUUAACGACCGCUUCAGUGGAGCUCAUGUUAGAGGAGAAUCUGAGGAAUCAGCCUCAAAAUCGCAGAACUGACGAAGUAAACGACAUUGGAAUGAUCAUCAACGCACCCUAUCAAGCCAGCAAGGAAACCAUAACGAGACUGGCGGAUAUUUUUAAGAUAACGAUGAUAAUAGUUAUCGACAGUCCAUCGAUACACCAGGAUUUAAUAAAGUACUACUCGCUCAGUAAGAAUAUAAUGGAUCCAGUGGCGACGUCCUACAUCACUAACCUGGCAUUCAACCAACCCACAAAUCAAACUGAGCAGGCGGAGGAACCGAAAAGCACGGAGAGCAAAAACGGCGGCCGGAGCGAGGAGAAGAGUGAAAUGUUGGUCUUAUCAUCCUCGAAGCUGGAAGGAGUUGUGGCCGUGGACCAUAAUAGACUGAAAUAUAUCAACUACAUUAAUUGGGCUAACUAUUUUGAAAUCGGCUCGUUGGGGAAGAUGCACAUAAUCAAAUUUAAUAUGAACCAGGUCAAUUUUGUGUUCAUUGAAACCAUAGAGCCGUUGUCCAGAGAUGCUCUGCCGACAGAUGAGGAGUACGUUGCGCGGCACAAGGAGUUGUAUUGCAACACCUGGAGCGGGGACCCUUUAUCGCUGACGAAUCUCGUCGUGUCGGUGCCUUCCACUCAGGAUGCGAAGCUGGUGCCUUACUCGAACAUCCUGGGAUUCUUCCACGUUCGAUCAGAGGAAUCUCGUGAGGACGAGGUUGAGCCGGCUUAUCACCUCGAGGUCUGUUGCCAGACCAUAUACUCUCCAACUUCACUGCCGAGUCACCUGGUUGUGCCCGGUGACUUUAAGACUAUGAAAUUCGCCCAGUUUUGA